UAGGCCUGGCCCGCCCAACGGCGCCACAGUCGACAGCUGGAGCAGCAUGAUGGAAGUCUCGUACGUUGCCGUGUACUCGACAUGACAUCUCUAAUCUCUUUCUUUCUUGGGAUAUUUAGAAAAGGCGGGGUUUCUCUUUGGAUGUUUAAAAAUCGCCCGCCUCACAGCAGCACACCACCAUGUUGGCCUUUCUAUAUGUCGUGUCACAUCUGGGCGGCGGCGGCGGCGGCGCAGGCGGCUGCGAUGGCUUCCAUGGCGCCUUAUUGUUUUUUUUUUGGCCAGGAGUCGGCGGCGUUCUUUUUUUGGUCUUUUCUUUCUCUUGUCUUCUUCCGAUAGGAGGGUACCGGAGACCACACACCACACCACAACUUUUGCAUAACCCUUUUUGUUUACCCUUUACAUUCUCAUGAUACCUUCUUCAACUACAUUUUUUUUCUCCCAUUCUUUC